CGCCUUUUGCUUCAGUCUCCAUUAUUUUACACUCAUAUUUGUUUACCCCGCUUUAUCUAAUGCUUUCCACAAAAUUUGCCACGAUCGCCGCCGCCCGCUCGGGCAAGACAUUCAGCACAGCUUCCAUUACGGCGCGCAGCCUGUCGACGGCAGCGGCCGAGUAUGCAGGCUCAACCAACUACGUGGCAGGCAAGCAGGGCUACGCGCCUGGCUUUCCUCCGCCAAAGAACUGGCGCGAUGUGCCCCGCACAAAGCCGCAGCCCAAGCUGGCCAGCGACCUGCCAGCGCCCAAGCCGGUGCAGGUGCCGUCGCAGGCCAGUGCGGCGCGGCAGUACCGGCAGCGGAUGCGCGAGCUGCGCUACGGAUACCUGCAUAGCCAUCUGGAUAGCGAGCAGGGCAAGCGCGAUCAGCGCAAGGAGAGCCUGGCGCACAUGCGUGUGGUGCACGCUGAGCGUCGCGAGAAGCUGAAGAUGGAGCGGAUGGUGUACGAGACGCAGGUGCGCGCCGACCCGCUGUCGGCCGAGAACGUGCUCAACGCCGAGGGCCUGACACUGCUGCCCAACAUUCCUGGUGCUACGGCCAAGGGCCAGGGCCAGAACCAGGACUCCAGGCAGCCGCGGCUACACGAUAUCGAAAGCCCCGGGUACACGCUGGCGCCACCGCGCGUGUCGAUCUCGAUGCCAGCUGAGGCCAAUGCGCAGCGCGAUCAGGAGCGCCGCGAGAACAGGCACUUGACCCGUCAGAACCGCCACGAGGACAACGUGCAGGCAAUGAUGACGCUGUUCCACGACGCCGAGUCGUUUGUGCACUAUGACAACAUGGACAAGAAGAUUUUCGAAUUCCUCAAUGUGCUCUCUGUGUCGCAGCGCACACUGUCCGAAAUGAUGGAAGACCUUAACAAGACUGGCGGUGUUGCCACAUCAACAGAGAUUGCCCACCGCUCAGUCGAGCUGCGCAACAUGCUGCAAGGCACCACAGGCAACCAGGGAAAACUUGGCUAUGAUGGCAUGAUGCAGUGGCUCAAAUCCCACCCUGAGGAUGCUGAAGGCAUCCAGCAUGUCAAGGCUGCAAAGCCCAACAGCAAGCAAUGAAUGCCAGUGGAUAUGUGUUGGGCACAGAUUUUCUUUAAAGGAAGUGCCCAUCAGUUGCUCUUUUCUUUGUGAGCACUAAGACUCACAGUUAUAAAAAGAGCGAAACAACAUUUAUUAGUUCUCACUCUUAUCUUUUCGUAGUUAUUAUAGAAUAUAAAUUUAGUCUACUUGUUAACGAGUGAAUUCAAUAGUAUGAUACAAGAAAUUGUGGCUUGUCUCCAGCGAUUGAUUAAUGAACCAAUCGUUAGUUAAUUCCCUACUUGAAUAUUCAGGAAUUCAUACGCAUGCAUAAAUACUAAUGAAUAUGAACAGUAGAGGCUGUUCACCCCUUAGCUUUCUUUUAGUUUAUU